CCGGCCCCGACACACCGCACACACAGGGCCGAGGUCGGGAGGAGAUCUCCUCCUCAUCGUCUUCAUCCACCUCCUCCUCUUCACAGUUGAAGAUGGCGGACCCGGCCGAGUGCACCAUCAAAGUCAUGUGCCGUUUUCGGCCUUUAAACAGCUCGGAGGUGACAAGAGGGGACAAAUACGUCCCCAAAUUUCAAGGAGAAGAUAAUGUGGUCGUAGGGGGAAAGCCGUAUAUGUUUGACCGUGUGUUUCAGUCGAACACUUCUCAGGAGCAGGUUUAUAACGCAUGUGCUCAGAAGAUUGUUAAAGAUGUGCUUGAGGGCUACAACGGUACAAUAUUUGCUUACGGACAAACUUCCUCUGGAAAAACACACACCAUGGAGGGUAACCUGCACGAUCCAGACGGCAUGGGGAUUAUUCCGCGAAUCGUCCAGGAUAUAUUCAACUACAUUUACUCCAUGGAUGAAAACCUGGAAUUCCACAUCAAGGUCUCAUAUUUUGAGAUUUACCUGGACAAGAUCAGGGAUUUGCUGGAUGUGUCCAAGACCAAUCUGUCUGUACAUGAAGACAAGAACAGGGUCCCUUAUGUGAAGGGCUGUACCGAACGGUUUGUGUGCAGCCCUGACGAGGUCAUGGACACUAUAGAUGAAGGCAAAUCCAACAGACAUGUGGCAGUAACAAACAUGAAUGAGCACAGCUCCAGGAGUCACAGUAUCUUCCUGAUCAAUGUCAAGCAGGAGAACACACAAACAGAGCAGAAACUGAGCGGGAAACUCUUCCUGGUGGAUUUAGCAGGAAGUGAGAAGGUCAGUAAAACUGGAGCAGAGGGCGCUGUGUUGGAUGAGGCCAAAAACAUCAAUAAAUCUCUGUCUUCUUUGGGCAACGUCAUCUCUGCUCUGGCCGAGGGUUCGACGUAUGUUCCCUACAGAGACAGUAAAAUGACCAGGAUCCUGCAGGAUUCUCUGGGUGGAAAUUGCAGGACCACCAUUGUCAUCUGCUGCUCCCCCUCGUCAUAUAAUGAGGCAGAGACCAAAACCACACUCAUGUUCGGACAGAGAGCAAAGACCAUUAAGAACACUGUGUCUGUCAAUGUGGAGCUGACAGCAGAACAGUGGAAGAAGAAAUACGAGAAGGAGAAAGAGAAGAACAAGACCCUGAGGAACACCAUCACCUGGCUGGAGAACGAGCUCAACCGCUGGAGGACUGGCGAGAGCGUGCCUGUCGAGGAACAGUACGAUAAAGAGAAGGCCAACGCAGAUGUUCUGGCCCUGGAUAAUGUGGUGAAUAACGAAAAAUUUGCCUCGUCUCCCAGCAUGCCCGGCCUCAAAUUGACUGACGCUGAGCGUGAGAAAUGUGAGGCUGAACUGGCCAAACUCUACAAACAGCUGGAUGACAAGGAUGAUGAGAUAAACCAGCAGUCUCAGCUGGCUGAGAAACUCAAGGAGCAGAUGUUGGAUCAGGAAGAGCUGCUGGUCUCAACCCGACGGGACCACGAUAACCUGCAGGCGGAGCUCACGCGUCUGCAGAUGGAGAAUGAGGCGUCUAAAGAGGAAGUCAAGGAGGUCCUGCAGGCCCUGGAGGAGCUCGCAGUCAACUAUGAUCAGAAGAGUCAGGAGGUGGAGGACAAGACCAGGGAGUUCGAGACUUUGAGCGAUGAGCUGAAUCAGAAAUCUUGUGUUCUUGCAUCUAUCGACUCGGAGCUGCAGAAGCUGAAGGAAAUGACCAACCAUCAGAAGAAGAGAGUGACUGAGAUGAUGUCAUCUUUACUCAAAGAUCUGGCUGAGAUCGGCAUUGCCGUGGGCAGCAAUGACAUCAAGCAGCAUGAGGGUGGAGGUCUUAUCGAUGAAGAGUUCACAGUGGCUCGUCUUUACAUCAGUAAGAUGAAGUCAGAGGUGAAGACUCUGGUGAAGCGCAGCAAACAACUGGAGGGCACUCAGGCCGAGAGCAACAAAAAGAUGGACGAGAACGAGAAAGAGCUCGCUGCCUGCCAGCUCCGGAUCUCUCAGUAUGAAGCAAAGAUCAAGUCUCUGACGGAGUAUCUACAGAACGUAGAGCAGAAGAAGAGGCUGCUGGAGGAGAAUGUGGACUCUCUAAAUGAAGAACUGGUCAAACUCAGUGCUCAGGAGAAAGUUCACGCCAUGGAGAAGGAGAACGAGAUACAGUCUGCCAAUGAAGUCCAGACCGCGGUGGAGCAGCAGAUCCACAAUCACAGAGAAGCUCAUCAGAAACAAUUGAGCAGCCUGAGAGACGAGCUGGAGAUUAAGGAGAAACUCAUCACUGAGCUACAGGAUCUAAACCAGAAGAUCAUGCUGGAGCAGGAGCGCUUGAAGGUGGAACACGAGAAGCUCAAAUCCACAGACCAGGAGAAGAGCCGCAAACUGCACGAUCUCACGGUGAUGCAGGACAGAAGAGAGCAGGCCAGACAGGAUCUCAAAGGCCUGGAGGAGACGGUGGCCAAAGAACUGCAGACUCUUCAUAACCUGAGGAAACUAUUUGUUCAAGAUCUGGCCACACGGGUCAAGAAGAGCGCUGAGAUGGAUUCUGACGACACGGGUGGCAGCGCCGCUCAAAAGCAGAAGAUCUCUUUCCUUGAGAACAACCUGGAACAGCUCACUAAAGUCCACAAGCAGCUGGUGCGCGACAAUGCAGACCUGCGCUGUGAGCUGCCGAAGCUGGAGAAGCGUCUGCGGGCGACGGCGGAACGCGUGAAGGCUCUGGAGUCUGCGCUCAAAGAGGCCAAAGAGAACGCGGCUCGUGACCGCAAGCGCUAUCAGCAGGAGGUGGACCGCAUCAAAGAGGCUGUAAGAGCCAAGAACAUGGCCCGCAGAGGACACUCGGCUCAGAUCGCCAAGCCAAUCAGACCAGGCCAACCCCCUGUCGCUUCCCCCACCCACCCUAAUGUUAACCGCUCGGGGGCAGGGCUCUUCCAGAAUAACCAAUCACUGAGCAUCCGUGGAGGCGGAGUCAAACAGUAAUAAACUGUUGAAUGCUGAAUAUAUAUAACCCAGUAGCCCCAGCUGAAGCCGAAAUCACCCCAAAAAGCUGAGCAGGCAUUCCAUCUCACGAGAGGGUUUAGUGCAUAUAAAAAUGAAUAGAAGUAUAUAUAUAUAUAUAUAUACAUAUAUAUGUAUAUAUAUAUAUGUAUGUGUGUGUUUGUGUUUAUGAAACAAGAAAAACUAUCCCCGUCUGGGCUGUACAGUUGUUUCUCCAUUAUUAUCUCUUAUAUCAUCCCUUUGAAAAGAUCGCACCAGUGGACACACGUGUAACUCUUCACUCCUGCAAAGUAGGUUUCUGUUCAAAUACUGCACUCCACGUUCCUCACUGUGCCAAGUUGAAUGUAUUACAAAUUUACAAAAGAAAAAAGGCAAAAAUGAAUGAUCACGGUUAAAGGAAUACAAAAAAACCCUAGCUUUUAGCCUUAUUUAUGUACGGUUGAAUUUAAAUUUUGUAUAGAGAGUUAGCUUGUUCUCUCUCGCUUUCAAUCGUUUCUAUCGAACAUUUCGCCUACAUAUGUUAAACACUACAACUGAUCUGUAUAUACGAAAAACGGAAUAGUUUGUUUCAGACACGCACAGGAGAGUAAAGUUAGUUAGACAAAAAGAUAAAUAAAACGGCUGCUUCAUGUAGAUACUGAGCUACAGGUAAAUUUACCACAUAAUAAUAAUCAUCUGCAUUGGUGUUAAUGUCACAGCCUGAUGUGUUAGAUGAGUCUACGCUAGGUGUAAAGAACAAGAAUUUAAUGUCCCCUUUUCAUUUCAAUGUUUAGCUUUAGUUCUGACAUAAGCUAGAGUCGUGUCGCUACAGCUGAAAUCCCUACCGAUCAUUUUUAUUUAUCACGUGUGGACUUCUCCCCGUUGAUCUUCCUAAACUAUGCUCAAAGGGGAUUGUAUAUACAUUAUUUAGAAGUUAGUUUUUAUUCAUGCCUGGGCAGGGGACCUCGCUGUUUGCUUAAAGGAGUACUUCACCCAAAAAGACAAUUCUGUCAUUUACACACCUUCAUGUCGUUGUGGAUCCAAAUGACUGACUCUGAUUUUCAGCUUUAAAAAUGUGUCCGGCUCAAUCAGGCACAUUCCCCUUGUGAUAGAUUCCUCUGGACAUUGUGCAAAAGACUGUCACAUGGGUUUAGAACAACAUGAAGGUACGUGAACGAUCACGUUAGUUUGUUUGGCUUGUUAGGAGAGAGGCUUGUGCGGUGGUCAACCAGCCAUUGAAGUCACGAUAUACCUCCUCUCUUGAACAUACACUGUAUUUGACUUUAGCUGGUGCAGUUUAGGGUCCAUAUUGGAAAGAUCCGAUUCUUGCCGAUCAAUUCAACAAGGUGCACAACCCGGGGAACCCAUGCGGCAUUUUUGUUCUGGAUCACACAACCAAAUAUUGUCUGUAUGUUGUCCGCUGUGUACUCUGUUUUCCUCGUGUUUGAUUUUUUAGAUCUGCUCUCCGUUCAGUGCUUUCUAUUCAGCACAACAUUACUGCCUUUCAUUGAGUUUUGGAGGUAAUGGGUGGGGCUUGUUUAAUGGUGGGCGGGGCUUAUUUAAUACAAUUUAGGCAAUGUUUUCAUUUUACAGUACUCGCAACUAGGUAAUGUUUUAUUUAUUUUGUGUUAUUUUAGGAUAGAUAAUUUUGCCGUUCAUUUGUUUUUCUCUUUUUUUUUUAUAAGUCUGCAAAUGUCGUUUUAUUAUGAAAAGUAUGUGUAGAUACCAAUGUACUCGGUUUCCAUUUUCCUUUAUAUUUUCCGUGUUAAUUGAAUCCAGAUCCUAUUAGGUGUCCUUUGUAAAUGACUGUAGUACUGUAGCAGCAGAAGGAAUAUUGAAGAUGGACUUUUAGGAUUUUUGUGUGCAAUAUUAAUCUGGUUUUGUGCAAGGUUUGCAGUACGGAAGAUUAAGUAAUCAAAACCACACUCAGCAGUCCUGCAAUUUUAUAUUUGUUUCAUGUGUUUAGCAGUCGUGUCGUCAGAGAACUUAUAAAAGCACUUUAAAAAGUACCAUCUCUAUUGAAAGCGCACUUGAAAAUUUGCAUCUCAAACAUUGAAUUUCUCACUGAAUUUUAUCAUUAUUAUCAUUGAAGAGCUUAGAAGGUCAUGUGUUUUAAGGAAUGUCAUUGUUGUUGUUUUUUUGCCUUGAAUCUGCUUUUUUAACAGUCGCUGAGGAAAACACUCUAAUGUAAAGACUUGAUGGUAACGGAAUGAUGUGUGUACAGUUGCUUCUUCAAAGUGUCUAGACUGAAUUGCUGUGUAUAUUUCCUUCAGUUGCUUACUGUAGGCAGGUUUUCACCCCUUGACAUGAAUUGCAAAUAAAGUAUAGAAUAAACACAA